AUGCGUGCCAAAAGUAAAAUCUAUCACAUCGACUGCUUCCGUUGUGUGGCUUGCAGCCGGCAGCUGAUACCCGGAGACGAGUUUGCUCUCCGCGAGGACGGUCUGUUUUGCAAGUCUGACCACGACGUCGUCGAACGGGCCGCGUCCGGCAACCAGAAUGGCAACUCUGGCGGCGGAGCAGAUGCCAACGGCAAUUCCACACCAAACAGCAGUUUGCAUUCCAAUGGAAACUCCAACAGCAGCAGCGAGGGACGGAUGGGACAAGGAUUACAGAUGGCCGGAAGAGCAGAGCCGAUGCAAAACAACAGAUCAGGUGGUAUGCGACCCCAUGUGCACAAAACGGAACAGAAGACGACGCGCGUGCGCACAGUCCUGAACGAAAAACAGUUGCACACGCUUCGCACCUGUUACAACGCCAACCCUCGGCCAGACGCCCUCAUGAAGGAGCAACUGGUAGAGAUGACGGGGCUGAGUCCCCGCGUUAUACGGGUCUGGUUCCAAAAUAAACGUUUGAUGGCACAUUUUUUUUUCAUCGAUGAUAUUCAAUCGGAACGUUUUCUUAUUGUUCUCAGGUGA